CGCACGUGAAUACACGUCCAUGCCUCUAUCAGCUUGGCGUUCGAUCCACGACAUGUCUGUGGAGGGAACUUUGCGUUUCAUAGAGUCAUACCAUCGAAAGAAUGUUUUGUGGGACGUUAAUAAUAAGUAUUACAAUAACAGGCAAGUGAGGAUUAACGCUUUGAGUGAGUUAGGGAACGAAUUUAAUUUGAGUAUUUCGGCUGUGAAAAAUAAAAUUAAAAGCCUCCGCUCGUAUUUUGCCAAGACGCACCAGAAAGUGAUGAAAAAGAAGAGUUCGGGAGAAGAAGAGUCGGCAUGGUUCGCUUACAAGCCAUUGCUGUUCAUUUUGGACGGUGUAGGUACAAAACAAACCAGUGACUCUGACGAGGAGGACACGACCGUGGAGACGGACAUCUACAGCGAUACAUUCGAAGUCAUUGAUGAAGGCGAAACUGAUCACAGCAACGCUGAUGUGGUGAAUGAACUUUGUACGCCUUCUGUGUCCUUUGUCACUUCUGUGGCGAAACCAGAACCAAGAAUGAAGAAAAUUAAAUUGGAUCCCAUUGCUCGACAGAAAGAUCCAUUACACAUAACCCACUCAUUUUCGGAGAGGUCUAGCAGCAAAUCAGAGCAAGAAAUCCCAACAAUUGUUAAAGUGUGGUGUGAAAAACUAUUAACUCUGGACCCUCAGCAGAGGAUAUUUGCUGAAAAAGCAAUUAAUGAUGUGCUUUUUGAGGCUUCCCUUGGUACGCUGCAUAGACAUUCAGUGACAAUAAACAGCAGCCCUUUGCUGAGUAGUCCUUCAGCUUCAUCACCAAGAAAAACAUUCUGUGCUUCAUGUUCCGCCUCAUUGACAGUAGGAACUAAAGAGUCCUCUCAAAAGGCUAAGGAUACUGAAAAAGACAGUACAUCUUAAAUUUCCAA